AUGACCAAUGGGUACAGCGAAAGUACCGGGGUUGACUCUCCUUCAAAUGUAGAGGGCAGUGCUACCCCCAGGUCCGAGGUCGCUGCAUCUAGACAAAUACCCACAGUACCUGUGCCGUCCAAAGUCCAGCAGCCAAAGCCGCAGGUCCUUGCAAGCAGAAGCACCCCUUCAGCUAUCCUUGUGUCGACGAGACAAAAGGGCAACCCAAUACUGAAUCAUAUCAAGCUCCUGCCCUGGGAAUAUGCCGAUAUCCCCGCUGACUACGUGGUUGGGGCCACUACCUGUGCUCUCUUUCUGUCGUUGAAAUAUCACCGCUUACAUCCUGAAUACAUCUAUUCUCGCAUCCGACUCCUCGCAGGGAAGUAUCUGCUUCGUAUUCUCUUGAUUAUGGUAGACAUCCCAAACCAUGAAGAUAGUUUGAAGGAAUUAUCCAAGACCUCAAUCAUCAACAACCUCACCCUGACCCUUUGUUGGUCCGCUCCUGAAGCUGCGCACUACCUAGAAUUAUUCAAGUCCUCCGAAAACUCCCAGCCAACUGCAAUCCGCACCCAGCAAGCACAGUCGUAUAAGGAGUCACUUGUUGAGUUUGUUACGACUCCCAGAAGCAUUAACAAGUCCGACGCGGCAAGUCUCAUCUCCACAUUUGGAAGUCUGCAAAAUGCUAUCAACGCGCAGCCAGAACAGAUCAGCGCUGUACCCGGCUGGGGUGAGAAGAAAGUUCGACAAUGGUGUAAUGCGGUGAGAGAAGAUUUCAGGGUGGAAGCAUCGAGAAAACUAGUGGCGCCUGCAAACUUAGAUAGUCAAAACAAUGACGAGUCGACGAGUCGAAACAGCAGGGUGUCAAUUUCAAUGGAUGCACAUCAUGAGGAUGAAGAAGAAUUCUUAGCAGCAGAAGCAGAAGCAGAAGGCGCGUAUGUGGCAUCUCAGGGAGACCUCCCUGAACGUGCCCAUCCGGACGAAGCUACUCAGGAGGAAAGAAUGAGUGAUGGUAUAAUGACAGCUUUGGCAAAACUUAGAGAAAGCGGCAGAUAA